UUGGUUGAUAAAGUGAGGUGAAGAUCCUGAGGACAGCAAGAUGUCAGAGCACUUGCGAAAAACGGAAGUGUAUUCUUAUUUUAGGGGUUGCUUUAAGUUGUUUUAUGUUGACCAUGCUGAAUACGUGGUACCCAAGUAAGAGUCAAAUAAAGAAAACACAAGGAUUCCGAGACAAGGGCCAAAAAGGACUUAUUAUCAGGUAUUUCACAGCAUUUUAUGUGAACUUUAACAGGAUAUCUCUAAGUGAAAUAUACUGUCAGAUAUUCACUCCUGCGUCGCUCAGAAAUAAUGCUGAUAUCUGAAACUCAUGUCGAACGACUAUGAAGAGCGAGCCACAAAGAUAGCCAAUUCCCCCGUUUGCCGUGAGCAGUGCAAUAACCACCCGAACGCUGUAAACCUGCAGCUGCAAGCCUCUAAGCUCAGGUCCUCAGACAGAAGGUCCCCUCCAGGAUGUCACUACAGCAGAAGGUGAGGGAGUGUUGGUUGCUGAGAAAAGGUUCCAGUGUGGACAGUGAUGAGAAUGAGGAGCUCUAUGCAGCAGGAAACAUGGUCAUAUGGAGCAGAGGGAGCAAGAGUCACGCUUCCCAUGUUUACAAGGCUUUCACUGUGGGCAGUCCAGUAGUACAGAUUCCAUGGUUGUUAGCAGAAUUGAGGGAAGUGGAGGUUUAUUCGAUCGCCUUCGAAUUCUCAGAAGGCAGCCCGCUCUCCGGCCCCUCUUUCUCCGCCUCCUCUUCACGCAGAUCACUGGGGUCGGGGCCUGUUCCCGAGGGAGCCGGAUUUCCUCCGCCUCGGGCUCGUCAGAGUCGUAAAAGAAGAAAAAGGAUUCUGCUAGUCUGUGAGCAGGAUGUUAUGGAACAGACUGUGUAUUGUCCCGAGGAGCUGUGUGAAUGGGCACAGUGUGACACCGAAGGACUUAAUCUCCCCUCUACACUUUCAGGUCUGUUCGAGGCUGCCUGUGUGCAAUACGUCUCUGACAGCACCAUGAAAAUCGUCUUCUUCAACUGCAAGCCCUCCAUAGUUAUAUGACACCGUGCAGGGCAUACACUCAGUCACUCCAGAUGUAAGAUAACAUGCAAGAACAACCCCUUGUGUUAAUGUUUAAUGCUUCCUUCAUGAUUUUUUUGUGGUAAAAAAUGGAUUUUUCAUGGAAUAAAUGGAAUUUAAGAAUAGAAUUCUCAUCAUGGCAUUAGUGAUGACUCAAAGGUCUAUCUACAAUCUCUUAGAGUGGACUUAAAUUGGUCUGACCAGGGCCAGGGAUAGUUCACCCAAAUUACAAAAUAAACAUUGGUUUUCUUACCCUGUAAGCAGUCUAUGGACAGGGUAUCACAGCAAUCUAUGCUUUGGUUUUAUUUCCCCGGCAUUGUUUUCAAAUCCAAAUGUUUUCGAAUUUGUGGCACAAAUCCCAUUCAGGUCAUGGUACCGAUAUUAGCAUUAUUCGCACAUCAUGUCCAAAUCAUCCGAAACUAUGUCAAAUUGAUUGUGACGCCCAACAAAGGCCCUUAAAGAUGAUUUGAAUAUCAUGUGCAAUGAUGAUUAAUAUCGGUACCAUGACUUGAAUGGGAUUCCAUGGGAUGACGCAUUCUCAGGAUGGGUGAGCCUAGUAUGUUGAUAUUUGUUGCUUACUGCAUUUGUUUUUAAUAAACAGUAUGUCUAAAUA